ACAAUUUGUGCUGUCGAAAGUGUUACAUCCUACAAAGCCGUAAAUGUUUUCUUGCUAAAAUUGCAACCCUGCAUAUAUUUACAUAUUUGUUUAUUUUAUCACUUCUUGUAUUUUCUUAGUUUAUUGCUUUAUGUGUUUGGCAAAGGCUUGCACGGUUUUUGUAUUACUUUCAAAAGUUAUUAAAAUUACUUAACAAUGAAAAAGAUAGAUGAUGCGGAAUGCCUGAUAGAUAUCAGUAGCAGUGAUGAUGAGGAUAACAAUAUAGUACAUAAAACAAAAAGAAAAGAAAGUUCCAAACCGAUAUUUGCGGCUAGUUCCUUUGUUCCACUGCAAAAUCCAAAAGAGUCAGAGAUUAGCGACGACGAUGAGCCGCCAGCGCUUAGUCCAAGUGAUUUCGAACCAAGUUGUUCCACUAACAACCCCCAACCACAGCAAGCAGGUUCCAGUAGCACGUUAGUUGCGUCGGAAAAUACAAGUGUACGUUCAGCAAAUGCAUUACUAGAAAACCCCGAGGGUAGGAACCAUCCAACUUUUUAUUUACGUUCUCGCUCAGCUGCAAUUAACACUGCAGCGCUUAAAGACGAUGUGUAUGAGAGCUUGGAUUAUGAUGUGUGUGAUAAUGUUCUAUUCAAAGAAGAACAAAAACGUACUGACAAUGCACGUUUUAACAUAAAAAAAGAUAUUUUGCGUUGGAUAAUAUUUAUACAAAUCGGCGUCGUAACUGCGCUCAUCGCCUGUGUUAUUGAUAUACCUAUCGAGGAAUUAUCUGCAGUAAAAUAUACAUUUCUCAAGGACUCUGUUGACAAUAAUGUAGCGGUUAAUUUGAAUCCCAACGGCAAUUUAGUUAUACCAUACCUUUAUUGGAUUCUCAUGAGUAUAAUACCCGUCAUAUUGGGUGCAGCACUGGUGACUUAUGUGGAGCCAAUCACUGCAGGCAGUGGCAUGCCACAAGUUAAAAGUUAUCUUAAUGGCGUAAAAAUACCGCGUAUCGUUCGGAUAAAAACUCUUGCGGUAAAAGCUGUUGGUGUAGUCACAGCUGUGGUGGGCGGCUUAGUUGGUGGAAAAGAAGGACCGAUGGCGCACGCUGGCGCUGUAGUUGCUGCUGGCAUUUCUCAAGGCAAAAGCACAACAUUUGUUAAGGAUUUCCGUGUGUUCCGCGCUUUUCGUGAUGAUCACGAGAAACGUGAUUUUGUAUUGGGCGGCGCUGCAGCAGGUGUUGCAGCCGCUUUUGGUUCACCAAUCGGUGGUAUGUUGUUCUCAUUGGAGGAAGCAGCCAGUUUUUGGAAUCAAAAUCUUAUUUGGCGUACGCUGGUCGCGUCCAUUAUAAGUUCAUUUACACUUAACAUAGUACUAUCUGCCUAUCAUGGCUUACAUAAUUUCACCUUUACUGGUCUUUUUAAUUUGGGCAAAUUCGAGCAACCGUUAAAGUUUGAAUACUUCGAAUUGCCCAUAUUCAUGUUGUUCGGUGUGACCGGCGGGCUAUUGGGUGCCAUGUGGAAUUCAUAUAAUACACAUAUCAAUCGUUUCCGCGCACGCUUUGUUAAAUUCAAAUUUGCACGCAUAAUAGAGGCUGCGUUGGUGGCCAUAAUCGGCGUAACUUUGGCUUGUAUUAUGAUAUUUUUUAUAAAUGAUUGCCGUCCAUUGGGAAAUGAUCCCACCGACUAUCCAGUGCAGCUAUUUUGUGAGGAUAAUGAGUAUAAUGCUAUGGCAGCGCUGUGGUUUCAGACACCAGAGGCAACUGUACGCUCGCUAUUUCAUGAUCCACCAGGUUCACACAAAAUCCUAACGCUAACAGUAUUCACACUGGUUUACUUCUUUUUGGCCUGUAUUACCUUCGGCUUAAAUGUUUCGCUGGGCAUAUUCAUACCAACUGGUUUGGUUGGCGCUGCAUGGGGCCGCUUAGUGGCUAUGAUCAUUUUUUAUAUUUUCCCUGAAGCAACUUUUUUAAAUCCUGGAAAAUAUGCCUUAAUCGGCGCAGCAGCGAAUUUAGGCGGUGUACUACGUAUGACCAUUAGUCUUUCGGUCAUACUUAUGGAGACUACCGGCGCUGAAACAUCAUUCUUCUUUCCUUUAAUUGUGACGCUCAUCAGUGCCAAGUGGGUUGGGGACUACUUUACAGAGGGUAUCUAUGACAUACAAAUUAAAAUGAGUUGUGUGCCUGUACUACCAUGGGAGCUGCUACCGAAAUAUAAAGGGCACAAAGCAUCACAAUUGAUGAGUUCGCCUGUAAUUUGUAUUAAGAAAAUCGAUAGUGCCAAGUAUAUAUAUAAGAUACUGCGUCGUUGCAAACACAACGGUUUUCCAGUUGUAGAAGAUGUUGAGGGUAAUAAUCGUGAAAAUGGACGUGUUUGCGGCAUUGUUUUGCGUUCGCAGCUUAUUGUUAUUUUACUCAAUGCUCUUUAUGAGGAAAAGAAACGAUUUUGGGAGAAAGAGAUUUCUAUAGAAACAUUUAGAAAUGUUUAUCCACGAUAUCCUUCAAUAGAUAGCGUCCGUUUGCCAAAUGAAAAACAAAAUUACACAGUAAAUUUGGAAAUUUUCAUGAACCCAUCGCCAGUGCGUGUUAGCGAGUGUGAUUCAGCAUCAAAGAUAUUCAAAAAGUUUCGUGCUCUGGGGUUGCGUCAUAUGAUUGUUAUUAAUCGAGAGAAUCGUGUUGUUGGUAUUAUUACACGCAAGGACUUUUUAUAUAAGUAAUACACUACAUACAUACUAAUACACAUAAUUAACGACAAUAUAUAUAUAUAUAUAAUUAUAUAUUCAAUUUUAGUUAUAUCCAUAUACAUAUAUACAUAUAUGUAUAUCUGACAUUGUACAUAUUACGAUUUUAUUAUAUUCGAAUAAUGCAAUCCUCAGCACAUCAUUAUAGAUUCUACUCAAAUUAACGGGGAAAUUUAUUUAAAUUUGCAUUUCUUUGUUGUAAGCGUUACGGAAAUUGUGUAUUGUCUAAAGUAUGCCUUUUAAUUAAAGACAUAAUUAUAUUUUUGCAUCGCAAUAAAGUUGAUUAUUUUCUCAGUAA